AUGUCAUUCCAAUGGACCAAAAUAAGCAGUUUGCCUGAACGAAAAGCAUCUGGAUCAACCCAGAAAUGGUGCCUUGAACAAAGGUUUGGUGACGGAGAAAUUGUCACUGACAAAAAGCUUAGCUACUUCAUUACAGAGUAUGUCAUGAAGCGAGGCCGAAAGCUUAGAAGAAAUCCAGAUGGUACACUUAUUGCUCUAAGCAGAGAGUCAGUCCUCGCCUAUAUCAAAUAUAUUGCAGAUAUGUACAGCAAGCAAAAAGCACUUGGAUUAAACCCCCAUGGUCCUGCAAGAGGGCCUCUAGUUAGGAUUUUUCUGGAUACUCUCGAAAAAGAAAAGGUCAAGAUUGGUGGCCAUUUCUUGACUGAGAAAAAUGAUCCUCUUGGCUUCAAAGUCAGGCUCUGCUUUUUGAUCAGUCAUGCCAUGCUUUGUCGUAGCCAAACAGCACUUGGGAUGCAGCUUGCUGAUCUGCUCUCGCUUGUACUAGAAGAUCAAGGGAUACCAGAAUGCAUUGCUUUGGUUGCAACUAUCACUUUUGGAAAAACCAACCAGCAUGGCAAGAUUGAAUGUGACUUGUCUGUUCGACAUCAUGAUGAUCCCACUUCGAGAACGAGCCUUUACUUGACUUCACUCGUCGUGAAAGCUGAGCUCAGCAUAAAAUCUAUAUCGAUGCAUUUAAACCGUUGGUAUCCAUACCUCAAGAUAACUCAUGCUAACCAUAAAAGUGCGCUGAACAUGAUUGCUCAAGAGAAUGUUGCAAGCGACCAGCAAAGGAUGAUCGAAGCUACUACACCCAAAGCGCAGUACAACAGACAAGAAUGGCUGUAUCAAUUUAAAAAUGUUAAUGGAGCUUUUGUUUACGUGAACCCAUCCUGCCCGUCAGUAAAAGCAGGUCAAAACACUCAUGCUAGAGACACUCUGAGUGCUGUUGCUAUUGGCUUAUCUGGGAUGGCGGCUUUACUACUUGGAACAGCAUUUCCUCAAUUCAACAGAAAUAUCAGUCCAUCACAGACUGAUCAAUUCAACCAACUUGCUGCCGCUUUCUGUACAUGA